GAAAAACAUCUUUCCUGCUAGAGUAACACUGCGUUCCGGCAGCGUACUCUUCGUUUCUGCUCUGUGUUCUCUGCCUUGCCGCCUGUUCUCUGUCGCUCUCGGCAUUCUCUUACUCUCGGUCUUCUCUUCGGCUCCGUCUCCGUCUUGUUCCUGCCGUGCUCUCCUCUUUCUGCCUCUUGACUUCUCUUGAAAAUAAAACUCUCCGUCCUUCCCAGACGCAGUCCCCGCAGGACACCACUGCGCCAGCCUCAAAGGCCGUGACUGCCGUCGAAAUCUGUCGACUUCUUCAGCUCUCCUCGACAACGAAACUCGAAGAAACUCAAUUUCUUCUUCUCUUCUGUGUCACACUCCCUCCAUCUCCUCCAGUCAGCCUGGGUAGAUUUGUGGGACUAUAGCAGGUCGCGAAAGCCCCGCAAUUGGCCAGUGAAAACCCCGAGAGUUGACGGCGUUCUCGUGUACACGGAUGUGUGACAGGAUAUUCUCCGACCUCUCGGAUUCCUGGUUUAGAUCUUGAAGAUCACUGUUUAACGUUUGGCUCCAAAGACACUGUUUCAAGCUCGAUGCCCGACUCCCUCGAUGCGAGUCGCGUGUAGACGUUCUCUUCGGUCUGUUCGCUAGGUGCGCUUUCUCUCGUUUUUUUCAAGAUGGCGAUGCUCUUCUCCAGCUCAGCAGCAGGCAGCCUGCCCUCGCGCAGAAGCCGAUCCGUCGCUGCGAAGUUGGCGCCCUUCGCUUCUCCAAUUUUCUCGUCUCCACUCUUGAAGCAAGGCGCAGAUACUGCCUUUGGUCUGCGCAGCCCCACACCUGGGCUGUCCGUACACCCGAGAUUUGCUUCCAGAGGACCCUUGACACGGAGCGAGGAAGCCGGAAAGGCACCCUUCGGUUUCUCUACCGCGAGAGGCGAGCAGACGGCCACGGAGACAAAUGCGCCGAGAUUCGGGACGAGCCUUUGCUCUUCUUUUCCGUUGUCGGCGACUCAGAAAAGCCACGGUUCGCGAGAGAAGGGCCUCACAAACGAACGGGCCUUCUCGACCUUCUCUUUUCAAGGCUUUAUGAAAAAUGUCAAGUCGAGAAACGCAAAGCCAUACACUGGACCCCCGCAGAAAGUCGUUGUCCUCGGAACCGGCUGGGCAUCUGUCAAUUUCUUCCGACACCUCGACCCAAACAUCUACGAUGUCACUGUGAUUUCGCCGCGCAACUACUUCACUUUUACGCCUCUUCUCCCCUCCGUCUGUGCCGGCACCCUCUCGCCGCUCUCCUGCAUUGAGCCUGUGCGCUCGUUGACCUACCGCAACGGCCGGAAGGUCGCUGACUUCUACGAGGCUCACUGCACAGAUGUGGACUUCAAGAAUCGCAUCGUCGCCUGCGACAGCCGCCAGGGUGGACAUUUCAAGGUGAAGUACGACUACCUGGUCAUUGCGGUUGGGUCGGAGUCGAACACCUUCGGUAUCAAGGACGUAGCUGCAAACGCGUUUUUUCUGAAGGAGGUGGAGCAUGCAAUGGCCAUCCGGAAGAAAGUGAUGAACAACUUCGAACUCGCAGCCCUGCCGCAAACAUCUGAGAAAGAACGCGACCGCCUUUUGCACUUUGUUGUCGUUGGCGGAGGCCCGACGGGUGUCGAAAGCGCAGCAGAGUUCGCCGAUUUCAUCAAAGAGGACAUGAGCAAGUACUUCCCGCAGCUGAUUCCUCACGUGAGCAUUUCCUUGAUCGAAGGCGGGAGCCGUUUGCUGGGGACGUACCCGCCAGACAUUUCCGCUUUUGCGGAGAAAACUCUGACGGAGGAGUUGCACGUCAAACUGUUGCUUCGAAGCACCGUCGUCGGCGUGGACGCGACCUCUGUACGUUAUGUUUCCAACGAACCUGGCGCCUCAAAAGAGCCCAAGGAGUUGCUGCACGGAUUUGUGUUAUGGGCAAGCGGCGUGGGUGAGGUGCCCCUCGUGAAGAAGAUUAUCGCAGAGAAUUUCCCAAAUGUCGAAGGAAAACCUCGUCUUCGAGGCCUUCCCGUCGACGCUCAGCUUCGCUUGCUGAACCAGCCAAAUGUGUACGCUUUAGGUGACUGCGCUGCCAUUGCACCCCCACGGCUGGCGGACGCUGCGCAAGAGCUGUUCUCGAAAGCGGGCGCUGCCGAACCGACCCCCCAGUGGCUUGGCCGACACGCACCGACCCUAGCUCAACAGUUCCCUCAGCUGAGUCCUCUCAAGUUCAACUUCGCGAAACUUCAGUCCAACGAGCAUUUGCCUGCAGACCAGUUCAAGUCUUUCCUAGCCGAGAUCGACGCGGCUUACCGACCCCCUGCGCCGACAGCUCAGAACGCCCGUCAAGAAGGCAUUUACCUCGCGAAAGUGUUCAACGAAUGUCCCCACCCAGAAGAAAAAGCCGACGCGCCUGCUUUCCAGGAAACGUGGAACGGCUCUCUCGCUUAUGUUGGGAGUGGCCAGGCGGUGGCACAUUUGCCGUACUUCAAUAUCAAGGGCGGUUUCCUCUCGCUCCCCUUCUGGAAGGCCGUAUAUACGCAGAUGCAAAUCACGUGGCGCAGUCGAACGAUAUGCCUCUUUGACUGGCUAAAGACGUUCUUUGCAGGCCGAGAUGUUGGCCGGGAUCACGAAUAUUACAACCACUGAGGAAAGCAUGCAUCCAGAGUUUCCCACGUAGACAGCUACUUCGUAGUCGCAAACCAGUGAUGCCAGAGUCCAAAGGUCCUACUGGAAGCAGAACAAAGCUGCCUCUGCCCCCCCCCUAACUGUUGCGGGGCGCGCCGUAGGCGCCCGAGUGUGUGUAUGGAUGCCCCAUUCGGACUAAGCCGUGAAACGUCUGCUGUUGAUGUCGCUCACCAGCAACUGCAUGUAUGAGAAUGACAACACUCCACGCAGCAGCAUGCACGGAACGAAGAAGAAGCAUGUGUUAUGUGUGUAUGCAACAUUCGUGAAAAGGUGUCAUUCUUCUUGGAGAAACUCAAUUGUUCCAUCUGCCUCAAACGGUCAAAUCUCCAGGGAAACUUUAGGGACCCUAGCGGGUAGGUGGGUACAGGAAACAGAGUGGCUCGAAGCGUUAGGCCAUGUAGACGAGAAUGAAAGACAGGACAAGCGUGCAUUUCAGUAUCUGCCACGAAAGAUGUGUCUGGCAGGCGCUGAAGCCUCCGAAAGAAAAAGAACGAACAGGAGGCACUGGCUGCUUUUCAGCCCGUUUUGACGAGAUUUCUCGACUGCUGACUACUUCUUCUGUCUGUUCGUCAAUUUGAUCUUCGUCGUUGCCGCUUUCCUUGAGAAUCUUUGAUUUACCUUUGAUGAUUCGUACACAUUCCGCGGUGAUUGGUACAUCCCUCAAUCAACGCUGACUUUCCUUAGCAAGUCUAUUCGAUGGCUGGGCCGUGCUUGCGCAGUUCCUUUUUGCUGCAGUGUGGAGUAGUGUGAUGUUCCGUGCUUGCGCAGUUCCUUUUUGCUGCAUUGUGGAGUAGUGUGAUGUUCCGUGCUUGCUACGUUUUCAUAAUCUCUUCGUGGUCGCUUCUUCCGCCGAAUGACUCUCUUUGGGUCCCCUGGUGUCUUUUAUUGUGGCACUGCUGCUUCCACUAUACCGCAAACCACAACCGUGGGCUGCCGACCGAGCACGGAAGGACCUUUGGCGCAACUUCCCCUGAGAAGACAUUUUGUUAUCGUCUUCCCUCAAUAUGACUUUUGACAUGCAGUUGUUGGGCAUAGUGGCCGGUAGAACAAAGUCUGAAAUCAGCCGAGCUGUUCACAAUGGGGAGAGGAAGAGGAAACAAGAGUGCAGCCUUGUUCUUCCGCUUUCUGUAGUGUUCUGCAUCGAUGGCCAGAUUCCUCCAGUAUUUCCGACUCGCGAAAACGCUACCUUUGCUAAUAAACACUUGUGCAUGCAUU